CUCCCGCGCACCACCACCGCCUCCCCCAACUCCCAGCCGCUCACCCGCACCCACACCAGCAUCCCCAGAGCGCAAGCAAGCAGGACAAGAAGCGCAGACCGCACGACCACAACCCAGCCCCGCCGCGCGCAUCACUUAGGCGUCCAGGCGGACCAUGAUGCGACAAGACGACGAGACGAGACGAGACGAGGCGCCCAGCAUAUCACGGCCUUGCGGCCUUGCGGCUGCGUUGAAGCGCUGGCGCCGAACUCUCGCGCUGCGCGGAGUUGCGCGCAGCUUGCUGGAGGAGCGCGCUGAUGUGCGAUCAAGGUUGGGCCUGGUGCGUAGGGCGAGCCGGGCCGUUUUGCGCUUCUACCUACCUAGCUACCUACCCGCUGCAACAACUCCCCUCCCUCCAACGCACCCGCGCUCUCAGUCUCAGCCCUGCCACCAAACAAACACGCGCGCGCGCAAGAGAGUCCGUCCUCGCCUCGUCGGCAACCGGCGCGCCGUCGGUGCCCAUGCCUGGCGAUCUGCGCGGCACGGCAGCAAGGCGAGCGCAGCGAAACGCCUCCCUCAAUUUCGCGUCCUUGCUUUUAACUCUCUCUUUCUUCCCCGCAAUAACCUACUACUAAUGGUGGCGGCUGGUGCGACGGCGGCGGGGCUUGGCGGGUCGUGGUGAUGGUGGGGCUGGGUGGCUGGUGUUUAGGUAUGAUGAUGCUGGUGGC